CCGCAACAGCGACAACAACGCUAGCAGCUCCGGUUAACUUCCGGUGCCAGGCGGCGUCGUUUCCGGGGCACGCUGACGUCAGGUCGAGCGCGGCAAGUUCGAGUCUGUCCGUCGCUGUCGUGAGUCUUCGGCAGUUUCGGGAAUGGACAUAUCUGAGCAUCACAUGACCGAUGUCGGCCUGAUCCGCCCCGAUGUGCACAUAGAGGUUCACAUCAAGUCUCAGAGCACGGCCAAGAGGCCUGAGGUGAGGACGCGUGUGCUGUCACUGCUGGACCGACACAGCACCGUCUUAAGCUCCUACAGAUGGACAGAGUUUGACGACGAGUUUCUAACCAAAAAUGUGGAGUCGGUCACAGUAGCGGAUUUAAUUGGUCCAAAACUCGUUGAUUUAAAGGCUCACAACCUUUGUAUCCAUGUUUUCUCUCUGAACGAUGAAAGUCCGAGCACGCUUGCUCUGGAAGAGGAGGAGGAGCUUUCUGCUGCCAAUCAUUGGCUCCUACCAGCAGCUGAGUUUCAUGGCGUUUGGGAAAGCUUGAUUUAUGAGGAAGGCAUCAAAACACAACUCUUGGAUUAUGUUUCGACAACGAUCUUCUUCUCUGACAGAAACGUCGACAGCAAUUUGAUUGCCUGGAAUCGGGUCGUGUUGCUUCACGGGCCGCCUGGCACGGGCAAGACGUCUCUGUGCAAAGGACUUGCCCAGAAACUCUCCAUCAGGCUGUCUGGCAGGUACGCGCACAGCCAGUUCGUGGAGAUCAACAGCCACAGCCUCUUCUCCAAGUGGUUCUCAGAGAGCGGAAAGCUGGUCACGAAGAUGUUUCAGAAGAUUCAGGAGCUCAUUGAUGAUAAAGACGCCCUGGUGUUCGUCCUGAUAGAUGAGGUGGAGAGUCUCACAGCCGCCCGGAGCGCCGCUCAAGCAGGAACGGAGCCGUCCGACGCCAUUCGGGUGGUCAACUCCGUGCUCACCCAGCUCGACCAGAUCAAACGGUACCCAAACGUCGUCAUCCUCACCACAUCCAACGUCACGGAAAAGAUCGAUCUGGCGUUUGUGGACCGAGCCGAUAUAAAGCAGUACAUCGGCCCCCCGAGCGCCAGCGCCGUGUUCAACAUCUACCUGUCCUGUCUGGAGGAGCUCAUGAAGCGCCAGAUCGUCUACCCCAGGCAGCAGCUGCUGAGCUUGGAGGAGCUGGGCACCGUGAACUUCAUGGAGAGCGACGUGACCCGUCUGAGCUUAACCCUGAGGAACCUCGCCCGGAGGAGCGUGGGACUCAGCGGACGGGCCUUGAGGAGAAUCCCGUUUCUGGCUCACGCGCUCUAUGGAAAGUCCUCCUCGGUGACAGUGGAGGCUUUUCUGAGAGCGAUGGAGCGGGCCGUGGACAAACAGAGGCAGGAACAGGCGAGUUUGGUCAACUGUGUUUGAGCGUCUUCCUGUGAACGCUAAGGCCGCCCUAGAACCGGCCGGUUGUCCUUUUAUGAGACGCUUUUUCUUAUUAGACUAGGAUGCAUCUGCUAGGCGACGUCAGACAAUCGUAGUCGUAACCACUUUUUUGAAGUAUGCAAUGUAGCAGAUGCUUUUUGCAUGUGGAAAAAAAAAAAAAGUUCUUUUUAUGUUCAGUUUUUAUGCACGUGUAUAUUUAAAUCGUUUAAUUAAACGAGAGAGAACAAAGAGA